AAUACUGCAUCUACUUCCCAUGAGCGGAAAAACGAACAGGGCUUAAUUCGAGAAAUGAUUUCAUCCAAGGAAGAAAAGCAUGUGACUGAAAUUUCAGCGAACUAUUUUGAUGAAAAUUUGUACCAGAAAGCUUGUGAUGCGGAAAAGCAAGCGAUUAAAGUUAAUCAAGAUGAAAUUACAGAAGGGCAGAUCUAUGAUUUUAUUGUUGCACAACUAAAUGCCAAGCGUAAAACUUUACAAAAACAAACUCAGAAAGCUAGAAAGAUUGGAGUGAAAAAAAUCAAACGAAUUCAGACAUAUAGUGCAAACACAAUUUCGAAUCUGAUGGCACACAAAUCCAAAGUGUUGUGGAUAGCUUCUCAUAGGAGUUUUGGCGAUCGUGAAUAG